AUGGAAGGACUAGGUGUCGCGGCCAACGUCAUCGCCGUCGUGGACCUAUCUGCGAAGGUCGCGUCAAUAUGCCUUCAGUACUCAAAGGACGUCAAAAAUGCGAGGGACGAGAUCAUGAGGGUCGAGAAGGAGCUCAAUACCCUCAAAUACGUCGCGUCGGGCGCUUCAGACCUUCUUGAAGGCCCCCAGGGCGCCAAACUCGAAACAUCGCACCAGCUUCUCGGUGCCGUCGUGAGCGCUAGGUCACGACUCGAACAACUCCAGGAUGAGCUCAAUCCUCGAAGCACUCGUAAGGCCAUGAGCCGGCUAGGGCUUCGGGCUCUGAAAUGGCCUUUCCAGAGCAAGGAUGUCAAAAAUAUUAUACAGGAAAUAGCACGAUGCACGCAGACCAUCUCGACAGGUCUGCAGAUCGACCAGACAUCGAUUCUUCUAAACCUCGAGCAGAAGGUUAUCCUUGACAAGCUGCCAAUCGCUCCCAACGCUUCCUUCGAUUCCCACGCCGAGGAACAUAACGCAACCUGCCUACCGGCUACGCGGGUCGAGCUCUUGGAACGAAUACAUGAAUGGGUUGAAGAUUCCCACGCCAAACCGGUCUUCUGGCUUAAUGGCAUGGCAGGCACGGGCAAGUCGACAAUUUCUCGUACUAUCGCCCGAUCCUUGGCUGAAAAAGCCCAGCUUGGCGCCAGUUUCUUCUUCAAGAGAGGCGAGGGCGAUCGGGGCAGCAUGUCAAAGUUCUUUCCGACGAUAGCUUCGCAGCUGACGAAUACUCUGCCUGCACUGGCGUCGCAUAUAAAACGGGCCAUCGACGACGACUCGAUCAUAGCAACCAAAGCCUUACGAGAACAGUUCGAGAAGCUCAUUCUCAGUCCUUUAUCGGAGCUACAAGUAAACGGCUAUACUAGCAGUCCAAUUGCUAUUGUUGUUGAUGCUUUAGACGAGUGUGAGCGAGACGAUGACAUUAGGCUCGUCAUUAAACUCCUCUCCCGCGUCAAGGCUCUGCGUGCCCCCGGACUUAAAGUAUUCCUCACCAGCCGGCCAGAACUACCCAUUCGACUAGGCUUUAACGAGGUAAAGGGAAGUUAUCAAGACUUGAUUCUUCACGAGAUCCCGCCACCUAUUAUCGAGCGAGACAUUCAAUCAUUCUUUGAACACGAGCUUCUAAGGAUCAGGAAGAUCUACAACAAUUCGGUUUCAAAGGAGCGGCAAUUGCCCGAGAGCUGGCCAGGUCAUCCUCAAAUUCAAACUCUGGUCAACAUGGCUGUCCCGCUUUUUAUCUUCGCUGCAACAGCGUGUCGUUUCCUCAGCCAGCGUGGAUUUGGGGGUCCGAAUCAUCAACUGCGUCUAAUUCUGGAUUACAAGGCCAGAGUCCAAUCGUCAGAACUUGAAUUGGCAUCCAAGUUCGAGCUGACAUACCAGCCAGCUCUCAACCAGCAACUCGUUGAUCUGUCCCCCACAGAAACAGAGAAAGCAGUCAAGCAAUUUCGAUACAUCGUCGGCACUAUUAUCAUACUCUCAAGUCCCCUUUCAACUACAGCUUUAGGCCAUCUCUUAGAUGUUCCUAGACAAGUCAUAGAUGACAGACUCGACAUGUUACAUUCUGUACUUAGCGUUCCCAAAGACUCGAAGUCCCCUGUAAGACUUCUUCACCUGUCUUUUCGAGACUAUGUAUUGGACAUCACACAGCGAGAGAGAAACCCUUUUUGGGUUGAUGAGAAGCAAAGCCACUACAAUCUUGCCGAAAAAUGUCUAAGUACUAUGCAAAAAAGUUUACAUGAGGAUAUCUGCGAUUUGAGAUCCCCUGGCACUCUUCGGUCUACUAUCGACUCUGACAGAGUUGACACGUGUGUGCCUCCAGAGGUCAAGUAUGCUUGUCUUUACUGGGCAUAUCACGUACAGGAAGCAAGUAGCGAGGCCAUGCUCGCUAGCUCCAUCUACCGUUUCUUAUCUCGCUAUUUACUAUACUGGCUUGAAGCUCUGAGUUUAAUCGGGAAGGUAUCCGAAAGCCUUGCUAUCCUUCGGACGCUACAGCCUAGUGUUAAGGCGAGAAGUCUCCAUCGUUAUUAUAGAUCUUUAACUAACAGGACGCCCGCUACAGGACGACAAGUUUAUUCUCGAGUUCGUUGA